CUUGUUCUUGAAGCUAGAGCUGUAUAAGCUUAAAUCCUAUAAAUUUGUAUUACUUUCAAUUGCUGAUACCUCCUUCUGUUCCUUCUUUCAGCCUUCCACUUGACGCGCACCAAACUGAGGGAUUUCACACAACGCAGCUACAAAGCAUUGUAGAAUAACAUAUGCGUGCGGUUGAGGGGCUAUGCGCCCCUCGCAAGCGGGAUAGCCAUUCAGAGUAGCCCUUCUAGGCGCGAGUAGCUGUUGUCCGGAGGCUUGGGAGCGAUGUUCAAGCUACCCCUGCUGCAGCCGUCCCUCACGGGCGCAAAUGGCGUGGAGCGGAAGGACAGCCAGUCCGUCAUGGCGCCCUUUGCAACCGGGGCCAGGUCGGGUAAGGAGUCGGACCUAGCGGCGGCAGUGGCGGCGGCGCAGACUGCCACCUUUGACGUCCGCUCCUGGUCACGACAGGCCCGGGACAUCACGUCCGACCUGGCCGCCUCCGACAAGUACAAGAGCCUGGCGCUGCACGCCGAGGUCAAGCUGGCGGAGGCGCUGGAGCGCUGCGAGCGAGUCAGCCCGCUCGCCCACACACCCGCGGGCGAGGAGCGGCCCAACAAGCUGCGCACCGCCGUGGCGUGCCAGCUCCUGGGCGAGUUUGCGGAGCUGUGCGGCCCCUUCGCCGGCGUGCUGACGCGGCUGCGGGACGAGCUGCUCAAGGGCUUGUACAGUACGCAGUAUGCCAGCGAGCGCGGCGGGCUGGCCUUUGACCAGCUGCCCUGGUUCUCGGUGGCGGAGCGGCUGGAGCGCGACAAGCAGGCCAUGGUGGAGGAGCGAGACGCGGUCAAGGGGCAGAUGGAGGCGCAGGCGGAGGCGCUGGGCCGCAUUGAGGAGGCCAUGUCCGCUCUGCGCCGCGCCACGGAGGCCUCGCAGCUGGAGGCGGCGGCGCUGCGCAGCCACCUGGAGCGCCUGUCCGUCAGCGAGGAGAGCGCGCGGCUGGAGGCCAAGACGGGUCGCGAGGAGCUCAAGAAGCUGCGCAAGGAGUACCUCCGCAUGCGUGACGAUCUGGAGGCCGAGCGGGCGGCCCACGCCGGGCUGCAGCGGCGGCACGCCGACCUAAACGACUUCAGUGUGAGCCGCAUCGCGGAGCUGGAGGCGGUGGCGGAGGGCGCAUUCCGCGAGGCGGAGGAGGCGCGGCGCCUGGCGGAGAGCCGCAUGCCGCCCGAGAUGUUUGAGAAGCUCAAGUCCGACCUGGCGCUGUACCAGACGGAGCUGGCGGCGGCGCAGGCCAACAACAAGGACCUGGAGGCGGUCAACAGCAAACUGGCGCACCGACUGGACGUGAUGACGCCGAGGCCGGUGUGGCGCAAGCUGGCAGACCACAACCUGCAGGCGGGCCGCCGCACCGCCGAGCUAGUCCACCGCGUGGAGGACAAGCUGGGCCGUUACGCCAACGAGCUAGCCGAGCUCAAGUCGCAGUUGGCGCUGGCGGCGGCGCUGCUACAGCCCGACCCCGCACCCGUGGAGGUGCAGCUCACGCUGGUGACCGACGCCAGCUCAUACUUCGUCACGGAGGGCGGUGGCGACACGGCCGCCGCCGCCGGCGCCCCAGCGCCGCCCGCCACCGCCGAGCCGUGCGGCCUGGCGGCGUCAGUGCCGCGCUGCCUGCGCUGGCCGCACCGCGUGCCGCUGCACGCCUGGAGCGUGGAGCAGGCGGAGGCGCUGGUGGGCGCCAUCUGGCGGGCCAAGCAGGCGCUGGAGGUGUCAGCGAGUGCGGGCACGCUGCAGAGCUUCUUGUACUACUACUUCAAUCCGCAGGGCCUGGCCAACGAGUCCAGCGUGCGGCUGGCCUACAGCCUCUACAACGCCUGCGCCACCCACGCCCGCUCCAACAGCCUCGUCCGCACCUUUUGGCUGGUGCUCACGGGUCAGGCGGCGGAGGCGGCGGCGGCGGACCAGCGCUCCAUGCUGUCAGGGCUGGCGGCGGUGCUGCACUCGCUGCCGCCGGCGGACGGCGGAGUUGGAGGUGGAGGUGCAGGUGGUGGUGGUGAAGGUGGUGAAGGUGGAGGUGGUGAAACCUCGGGAGGUGGGGCGGCGGGCGACGGGGAAGACGCCGGCGCGGGCGGCAGCGGCGGCGAUGGCGAUGACGAGCGGCCAGCAACGUCGGGCAGUGGCGGCGGCGGCGGCGCCGCCGCCGCCGCCGCCGGCUCCGUGCCGUCGUCCUCGCCGCGUGUUCGUACGGAGGACGUGGCGGCGGCUCUGGAGCGCUUCUUCCCGCAGCGGCCCGCCUUCCGCCUGAACAAGCUACGCGACGCGCUGCGGACGCAGUUCCCCCUGGACACGUUGCCGUUGGAUGCGCUGGUGGCGGCGCUGGAGCCGCACGCGCUGGCGGCGCCGCCGCCCUCGACGGCCCCGGGGACCGCCAAGGCGGCGCGUUGGAGCGCCGCCGCCGACCCCACCGCCGCCACCGCCGCCGCUGCCAAGCCGGCGGGCGCGCUGGUGGCGGCGCUGGUGGGGCAGCACAUAGACGAGGUGCAGGCGCUGUGCCUGGAGGUGGCGAGUGCGCUGGCGGAGGUGCCGAUGGCGGAGGACGACGGCGGCAGCGGCGCCGCCAGCCCGGUCGAGCUCCCGGCCGUGGUGGAAAAGCUGUCUGGGUUGUUGGGCGCGAGGCGGGCGAUGGCGUGUGUCAUGGCUUCGCUGGGGUUCUCGGCGGCAGCGGGCGGGGAAGGAGGAGGAGGAGGAGGCGUGGGUGCGGCGGCGACGGAGGACGGGGAGGAGGGCGGGGCGGGGGCUGGAGGUGCAUCUGGUGGGAGCGGGCUGGUGGUGCCAGUGGGGGUGGUGGUGGAUGUUGGGGACAUGACGCAGCGGCUGCUGCAGCGCUGCCUCCUCAAGCCGGUGGGGAACUUCGACGUGGCGGGGGCGCUGGCGUGGGCGCGGGAGAUGGCGGCUGCAGCUUGAGGCAGGGCACGUGUAUGUGGCACGUGCCGUGGUAUGUUGGAGGGAGGGGUGUGGGUCAGGUGCGUAGGGAGGAUUGAGGCAAACUGUACCGUACUCGGCGGCUGUCGGCGGCGGAACAGUGAUUUACAUUUGACGGCAUGGCAAUAUGUUAUUCGCGGCAUUUCCGUAAAGCGCCAGAGCUCUCUGCAGGUCAGCAGACAGCAGGUGCAAUAUUGCAUUGAUGCCAGGCGCAAUGGAUGACAGCAGGAGCUAGUGGCAUCAGGCAGCCCGAACGUUUCCAUCGGCAAAGCAACCGACCCAGAUGCUUGUGCGGGAUUUGGCUCGCGGCAGUCGCACCCAGGCUGGGUGCGGGGCCCAUGCCAUGCCAAGCGGCGUUAGCAGGCACACACGUAUGGUACACAGGCACAGAGGGAUGACUGGAAGGAUGUGCGAUGCGACAGUGGUAAGGCAGGUUGGCAAAGUCCCGUGGGGUGCAGCUGGACUGGAAGGAUAAGAAAGCGCAU